AUGGGUGGUAUAUUAGCGAUUAUUGUGGCAGAAGAUGGAUGGGUAUGGGGAUUGGUGGCGACAGCCGUGCAAGAUGCUGCCUUGAGAACCACCGCUUGUCAAAACACAUUCAUCAUCGGCAUCAUCCUGGCCUCUUUAAAGAGAGCACUGUGGAUUCAUGUAGAGAGAAAACCAGUUGAGGGCUUUCUUAUUCCUUGUAUGGGUGAUCAACUAAACCUGGUAUGUUCCUCUCAAUCACUGGGUCAUGUUCACCUUGGAGCAGAAGGAUUUGGCAAUCGAAACUGUAUACUAGAAGAGGCUUCCAUUCAGAGUAUUCCCCCGGACCUGUCAAUAUGUGUGUUUGUCCUGGACCAAGCGUUGUCUGUGAGGGCUCUCCAAGAGAUGGUUAUCACCGACCAAAUAGAUCAGGGUGGGCAGGCUGGUCACCGCACCCUUCUCUAUGGUCAUGCUAUUCUUCUCCAACACUCCCUUAGUUCCAUGUAUCUUGCCUGUCUUCCAACAAGCUCCUCAAAAGAUAAACUUGCCUUUGAUGUGGGGCUUCAAGAAUCAACACAAGGAGAAGCAUGUUGGUGGACAAUACACCCGGUGUCCAAGCAGAGGUCAGAAGGUGAGAAGGUCAGGGUGGGAGAUGACCUCAUCCUCGUCAAUGUUGCCACAGAGAGAUAUCUGCAUCUAUCUGUUGAACGUGAUGACCAGCCAAUGAUAGUGGUAGCAUCCUUCCAGCAGACGUUAUGGACUGUCGCCCCCAUCAGCUCAGGCAUCGUCAAGAUCAAAGCAAUGGCAAAAAGUUAUAAAAAUGCAGAUAAGGUUGUAGGUAGGUUUGAAUGAAGGUUUGGAAUGAUGGUAGUGUUUUAGUGGUGGGUUGAUAGGGCUCAUGCUCCAGAAACAGCUUAAGGUAUAUGAUGCCUAUUUCAUUUUGACACCUAUUUCAUAUAGUUAUUGGUUCUUGGUGGUGUUUCAUAAAACUCUUUGCCAAAUGAGAAGCUUCAAUUUUUUUUAUAUGGAGUGAAUAAACCAGAACUAGAUUUUAGAAUAAUACACUUCAUUCAGGUUCUUGUUAAUACAAAACAAAUUAACGUACAAAGGUCAGGUGUCAACUGUAGCUGAAUGGAAUCAAAGUCAUUGGUAAUUAAAAACAGAUCAUCAUUUAUAAUGUCAUGCAAAACUUACAAUUAGCUUUAUGAAACAGCCCAGUUCAAGUUCCAACACAUCCAUCUAAUGUAGUACCAGAUUUCUGUCUGGUCAUAUUCCAUCCAAGUCCACAAACAAAAUCUUUGACUUGACCAACCCUACUCUAAAGUAACAAAGAUGUGUGUAUGACAAUUUGGACGCAAGGUUUUUCAGGUCUUAUUACCUAAUAGUCUAAUGAUUAUAUGGCUAAUCCCAUUUAAUCUAAUUUGUAUACAUAUUUGAUGCAACAAUUUUGGUUUAAUAGCCGCUUUGGUUGAUUUCAGUUUUGUGUCAUUAAAAAUGGUCUUAUUGCAACUUUGUCCCAUUCUCCGUUGUGAUAAUUUGUUGCAAAUUGUAUUGGUUUGUAAUCAAAACGGGCAUAAGUAACCUGAAAAUUACCUUUAAAUUAUAAAUGGCCAUAAAUGCACUUUUACAAUUAUUACAAGACAAAAUUGAUUGUAGAGCCAGUGGCAAUUUUCUAGGCUAAGUGUAACAUAAAGAAUUCAGACAUUUCAUCAACAAAAUAAUACAAAUAUACCUGUUGCUGGGACAUGUGUGCUGAAAUUAAUGUUGGUGGUGGAGGUAUUAAUUAUGGUGGUGGUUAUUCUUGCCUUAAUCGGUGGUUGUGGUGGUAGUGGACGUUUCAUUGUUAUACAGGUCUUUUAUUAAUAUUGGUGGUGGUAUAAUUAUGAGGUAAAUUCGAAAGACGUGUUCUUAGAAAUAUUCCUUGAAAUGGGGAUGGUGGCUGAUGUGGUAGUGUUGUGGGUGUUAAUCAGGUUGAUUCAUUAAGGGUUUGUGGUAGUUCAACACAUGGUGGUGGUGGUUUGAUUGGAGAUAUUGCCGGAGACUGAGAUUAUAGUUGAAUGAAUGAAUGAAUGAAUCUUUAUUUCGUUUCAAUUCCGAUAUCAAGCAACAACAAUAACAACAGUAGAUUAUUGGGAUACAAGUACAUAGCAAAGAACAAAAGUAAAUAAUUACAGGAUAAUAUACAUAAUACAUGCACUACUUUUUAUGGAACAUUAGUAACACCCAUGAGAACAGACGGAAAUGAAACGUGGUGACCUACUAAGAAGCUUAGCUUGUGGGCCAUAGGCCACCAGAAUGUAAAAAAAUUAUAUUAGCAAUCAUUUUAAAACAUCAUAGAACAAGCAAACAAAAAAUUUGAGUAAAUAACCAAAGUACAGAUAUACAUAUUUACAAAAGAUACACUAAAAAGUAACAAAAAGGUGAAAUGCAGAAUGCAAACAUUCUAUUAGACCUAAAGUAUAAGAAUCUAAAAUUC